AAUUACCAAUGAUCUCUAUUUAGGUCAAGUUUUGAAGUAGCUCCGGUAGAUAGCUCACACUAUAUUGAAAUGUUAACCGAGUCAAAAUAUUGCUAGCAGGAAGAAUUAAAAUGGCAUGUAAUUAAACACAAGCUAUACAUGAUGUUCGCGUCAAUGUUGCAUCAGAUGAAGUGUUAAGCAAUACAUAAUUGUAAACUUAGCUUUGUUUUGAAACGAGACGCAGGCGUUGGAUAUAUCUUAAAUAAGAAGUUUACAGCAACAAAACUUCAACGUGGAUGAUCGGCACAAACAAGAGGAUAAACAUUUGUUAAUGUUUCAAAGCAUGCCGAAGAUGUACCUUCCAAGAUACUUCAACCGAAUUGUGUUGUUCAUUUGCAUUCUUAUGGGACGUCUGGAUAACUACAGUGCCCAGCAAUACCUAUCUGUGUCCGGUAUGAAACUCACUUUGCACGGGGAAAAAGUGUUCUUAUCCGGCAUGAACCAAGCGUGGUAUUCAUAUGGGGCGGAUUUUGGUAACGAUGGUUACGCGAAGUCCAAACCACACUUGAUGACAACGCUCGAUGCGAUACGACAGAACGGAGGGAACUCUAUACGGAUAUGGGUCCAUGUAGUUGGCGUCAAUACGCCCCAAUUUAACGACACCGGCCACGUGGUCGGUCCAGGCGCCAAUCUGACACGGGAUUUGCAAGAUUUUCUAUGGGAAGCACGUUCUAGAAAUAUUCUAGUCACAUUUUCAUUGUGGAACGGCGCGGCAUUGACCAAAGCAUUGCCGCUGUACAGCGUGUUGACAGACAGAUCCGUGCUUCAGAGUUACCUUGAAAAUGCCCUGACGCCACUCGUGCGUGCUUUAAAAUCGGAAGUUGGACUUGGAAUCUGGGAAAUCAUCAACGAACCGGAAGGGAGUAUGCAAAUGGGAAUGGAUGAUAAAGAGCAGCCUUGCUACGACACGUCAACAAUCCACAUCUGGGACGGGGCGGACUGGACCGGUCUGGGUAUACCCUUGAAGGACAUUCUCGCCUUUGUAGCCCUGCAAGCUGACACCAUACACAAAGAGGACCCUAAGGCAUUGGUUACCGUUGGUUCCUGGACGUACAAGACGAUCAGCGACCAACUCAGCCGGAGAAAUUUCUACUCUGACAAAUGCCUCCAGGAGGUUGCAGGGGGGUCUGUGACCGCCCGACUCGACCUAUACCAGAUUCAUACCUAUGACACGCUUCACCUGUAUCUACCACACGAUCCCUUUAUGGUGAAUGCAAGCGUUUACAAGCUUGAAAAGCCUGUGAUAAUUGGGGAAUUCAGUCAAAAGCGAGGCGCCUCUAUGACAUCGCCUGGACAGUUCAAUUGGGCUUAUUACCAUGGUUACAGUGGGUCGUGGUCGUGGUCAGCUCUGGGGUCGGACGACGCCGCUGACAGUCUAGAAGUGCAAGAAAGCGGAAUUCGCUCCCUGCAGAACAAAAAUGAACAGAACUUCGGGGGUCGAGUCAACUUUACUUUAAACAGUAGCUCAAAACAAAGGAUAGUUUCACUCACGAAAAAUGUACUAGUCGGUAUUCAAGAACUGUGGAAAAAACUUAUCGCCAUUCUAAUAUGACAGUUGUUUAUUCUAUCACUAAGAACUAUUUGCAUCGAGAUGCUGGUCCAAAAUUUUGAAGUGUUAUUAUGCCACAGCCCAAUAACACAAAAUGACAAAUUAACUCCACAUCAACUGUCCGAAAACAUCAUUUUAGCCCGCCCAUAUGUGAGAUUAACAUGCCAAUCUGCAAUGAUUCAUUGGUACAAAUGUCGUUAAAAAGUAAACAAACACUAUCUGGGCCAAAAAAAAGCUAUCUGGGACACUAAAACUAGAUCCAAACGGGCAUGAACGCAAACGUAACAGUAACAGUCUUGCCUAGCUCCGCUAAUAUUAUGUUCAUAACAAACAGACUGCAAAGUCUUGAAACAAAACAUCAAUACUUUAUUUAGCUCUAUUGAGUAGAUUUAAAAUUAUAUAAAACAUUUUCAUUUAAUUAUCACUCGUCGAAAUACGUACGAAUGAUCUAAAACCACCAACAAAGAUAUGAAAUAUACAAAAACAACCAAUUUGAUAUAGAUCGAUUGAGAACUCUUAAUUAUUAAAAACGCAAUGCUAUUAACAUGAGAAAUUGUGCCUAAGUAAAAAUCAGAUGUAUGUAAGCAAUCUCGCAAAGAAUUCUCCUUAACAUCCGAAACUAUCGAUGAAAUGAAACCACCGUUUGGACUAUAUUCAUCCACCCAUUUGACAUAACGACCGUAAUAAUGGCGAAGACGCUGGCGUUAUUUGUCAGACGUGCACGUAAUUUUUUUUUAAUCUAUACAUUGGUAUUUUCAAAUUCCUUGAACGUGGUUGUGUAGUCAUGGAUGUCAUUGCAUGUGUUUGAAUACACAUUUUAGCUCGGCUGUUUUCGGAGAGAAACCCGAGGUAUUGUCAUAGCCAGCUCGUCGUCCGCCGUCCGCCGUAGGCGUCGUGCUAAAACCUUAACAUUGGCUCUAAAAUCAAAGUGCUUCCACCUACAAAUUUGAAACUUCAUAUGUAGAUGCACCUUGAUGAGUUCUACACGCCACAUCCAGUUUUGGGUCACUAGGUCAAACGUCAAGGUCACUGUGACCUCUAAAAAAAUCCGACAAGCUUUCGCAGCCGAGCGUUGGCACCCGUUAUGCGGUGCUCUUGUUGUAGACUUCUAGCUAAACUUUGUACAAAUGAAGAAAUGCACAAAAAACUGUUCAAAUUGUUGAUGUCGUUCACUUUAUUCUUGUAUACUAGGUACAUAUAUUUUUCAUAUCUUAAUGAAAUUUGUCUGGCAUAAAUGAUCCGUUGUUGUUGCUUUUCUUUGUGGGCCAUAUAUUCGAAAAGCAACAAGUACGUGUAGUUUUAACUUUAUAUUUGUAAAAGUAUAUUCAUUAAAAUGUGUGUGUUUUGCUAUCA